CAUAAAUUAAGGAAACAUUUAACAUUCAUUAUAAUAUCAACACGUCUUAUCAGAGUUUUAUCACAGAUUACGGUGGUGUGAUUUAAAUAAAAUUCUAAAUCAAUUUCAAGUUGCUAGAAGUUCAUCCUUAAUACAACCGAUACAAGUUGAUCCUUGAUACAUCUUGGAUGCAUCAGUGCCUGGAUUGAAGUUGAAAUAAAUCAACGUGUUUGCUGUUCCUGUGGUAUAAGUGAAAUAUUAUGGUGCGUGUAGCCUUCGUGCACCCUGAUCUUGGAAUCGGGGGUGCAGAGAGAUGGCUAGUGGACUCUGCCCUUGCUCUUCGGUCUCUCAACCACCCCUUCGUCAUCUACACUUCCCAUUAUGACCCCAGCCACUGCUUCGAUGAAACAAAACAAAUGCAGGUUGUGUGCAAAGGCGACUGGCUUCCGAGGAGUUUGUUUGGUGGCAGAUGUGCUGCUGUGUGUGCCUAUCUCAGAAUGAUAUACCUCGCAUUCUACAUAGUCCUCUUCUCUCCAUUCACUCACGACGUCUUCAUUUGUGACCAAAUAUCGGCCUGCAUUCCAGUGCUUCGGAUGAGCAGGAAGGCCAAAAUAGUGUUCUAUUGUCACUUUCCAGAUAUGCUUUUGACGGCCAGAAAGACGAUGUUAAAGAGAAUAUAUAGAGCGCCUAUAGAUGCACUUGAGCAGUUUACUACUGGUUUGGCUGACACGGUGCUGGUCAACAGUCGCUUCACUCUUUCAGUUUUCAGAGACACGUUCCCCUCUUUACAGCACAAAGCAGUAGAUGUGCUAUACCCCUGCAUACACACGGAGUCUUUCGACUCCUUGGAGUCCAGCAAUCAAUCUGACUGGUUCGACCUGGAUCCAUGGUACAAUAAGAACGACAUAUACCUGCUAUCACUGAACAGGUUUGAGCGAAAGAAGAAUAUAGCACUCGCAAUCGACUCUUUGGCCCAGUUGCGAGAGAGUGAGAGGCUACCGAAGGAUUUGAGUGACAAGAUACACCUCAUAAUUGCAGGUGGGUAUGACAGUAGAGUGGCUGAAAACGUAGACCAUUAUGAAGAAUUAUGGAAUCUUGCGCAUUCGUACAACUUUGUAGCUGAUGGUCUAAGUGACGUCGAAAAUAUAAACAGCGGCGACAAAGUUCACUUUCUCAAGUCCCCUUCUCACAUUGAGAAGUUGAGACUUCUUGACCUAGCUUCGGUGCUGUUGUACACGCCGAGUGGUGAGCAUUUUGGGAUAGUGCCAGUUGAAGCCAUGUACAUGCGGACGCCAGUUGUAGCAGUAAACUCAGGAGGCCCUCUGGAAACGAUUCUAGAUGGUGUCACUGGGUACCUUAGUGAACCGGAUCCGAAAAGUUUUGCCCAGUCUGUGGAAAAAGUGCUUCUGGCGAGGUGUGGUGAUGAAGCUGAAAAGGGAGACGCGAAUAAAGACGAAGAGAAAAUGAUUUCUAAAAUGGGAGAUGAAGGAAAGAAAAGAGUGCAACACAACUUUUCAUUUGAGGCAUUCGCGUCAAAACUGGAUCAUUAUUUGACUUCGAGAAUUGGCUGACAAAAAUUCUUUCAAGCGAUGAGAUGGUUGUUUGAUUCGUCCUGACCGAGAAAGUGGCGAAUUAUAACUAAUCAAUAUCCUCUAACGUGGUGCUUGGUUUAAAUCUGUAUCUACUCUUCAUGUUCCUGUAAUCAUUCUUGAUAUUUGAACUGAUUUUUAUCAGACUAAAACAAUUUAUUAGGAUUUGAAGAAGAAUUUGAAAUUA